AUGGAUAGGCUCCUGCCAAACCCGGACUUGGUAUUGUUCACAGAUGGCAGCAGCUUCUUAAAUGAAGGAAAAAGACGAGCUGGAUAUGCAGUAGUAUCAAACUUUGAGACAAUUGAAGCACAGGCCCUGCCUGAAGGAUGGUCAGCGCAGACGGCAGAACUUUGGGCCCUCGCCAGAACCUUGGAACUCAGUAAGGAUAAGCGUGCCAACAUCUACACUGAUUCAGGCUAUGCCUUUGCUACCCUGCAUAUUUAUGGGGCUAUCUACAAGGAAAGCGGGCUCUUGACAGCAGGAGGAAAAGGAAUCAAAAAUCAAAAUGAGAUUUUAAAGUUACUAGAAGCAGUUUGGGAGCCUAAAGAAACAGCUGUCAUUCAUUGCAAAGGUCACCAGAAAGGGAAAGACUCAGUAUCAGAAGGAAACCAGCUUGCUGACGCUACAGCAGAGCAGGCUGCCAAAGGACAAACAGCACCAGCACAGAUCAUGUUGGCCCUGGAAUUACCUGAACCUCCAAAGUACAUUCCACAGGAGGAGGAAUGGGCUCAGCAAGAAGGGGAAACAGCUGCACAUCCUUCUAAACCUAGAGACCAGGUUUGGGUAAAAGACUGGAAAAAAGAACCCUUUAAGCCAAUUUGGAAGGGACACUAUCCAGUUAUACUAACCACUCCCACAGAUCUCAAGGUUGCAGAACUGAACAACUAA